AUGACUGUCUGUGGCUUCUAUCAGCGCAAUGCUUGCAAGUUCGGAGAUUCCUGCAAAUUCGAGCAUCCUGGAAGUUCGCGAGAUGCAGCUCGAGGCGGAGGCGGCUUUGGCGGAGGCUCUACCAACAACCGCUUUGGUGCUUUCAACGGCGACCGCUAUCGCCCAAGUGAUAACAGCGGGACUAACUCAUUUGGUGGAAACCGUGAUCAGAAAUCAUCGACCUUCAGCUUAGACAAGGACGCCAUUCAGAUCGAUCUCGCCAAAGAGCGGCCGAUCUAUCCGCUUUCAUGCUACGGUCCCGGGAAAGAUGCUCCGCGCCAGCUCAUCGAGGGGCCUGUCGAGAUCAGUCCAGAGGAGCUUCGAUCCCGGUACUACACAUUACGCGCGGCAGGCAAUGAGCCUACAGCGCAACAAGAAGAGGGAGCGCUGAGCGAGAAGAUGCAACAGCAAGUAAAGGCGAUUUUGGAUGAUAUCACAGGUGCUAUCAACUAUGUCGCAGAGGGUGCCAACGUACAUCCCAACCGCAUCGACAUCGCCAAGGGCACUGCAGCAAGCGGAUCAGCAAGCAAUCCUACUGGAUCGUCUAACACUGCUGCGAAUCCCUUCAUCAAAGCACCAGCGAACCCGUUCCAGACUGCUGCAGCUUCAUCUCAACCAUCCGCGUUCGGGCAGGCUUCUACACCAGGAUUCGGCAAACCGGCCUUCGGUCAACCAGCACAGACAAGCUCAACAUCGGCCUUCGGCGCUGCUUCUGCGUUGGGUAAUCCAGGAUUUGGCAAACCGGCCUUCGGUCAACCCGCUCAGACAAGUUCAACAUCGGCCUUGAGUGGUGGUAGUGGAAGUGCAUUUGGGAAGCCUGCCUUUGGUGCCUCUGGGUUCAGUCAACCUUCAGCCUUGGGCGGUGGUAGUGGGAGUGCAUUUGGGAAGCCUGCUUUUGGUGCCUCCGGAUUCGGCCAACCAUCAGCUCCUGGUGCAGGUAGCGCAUUUGGCCAGUCCAGCAGUAUGGGUCAAGGUUCUGGAUCUGCUUUCGGCCAGACAUCAGCUCCUGGUACAGGAAGCGCUUUCGGGCAAGUCAGCAGUAUAGGCCAAAGUUCUGGAUCUGCUUUCGGCCAGCCAUCAGCACCAGGUGCGGCGUCGGGUUUCGGCCAAGCAAACGCUCUUGGACAAAAGCCAAGCCCCUUCAGUAAACCAGGUUUUGGACAGAGCGGAUUUGGACAGGCGGCUCAACCAGGUGCCAAUGCCUCUCCUUUCAGCCAGCAAGCUUCGUCUGGCGCGUCACCAUUUAGUCAGCAAGCCUCGUCAGGUCCAUCUCCCUUCGGCCACAAAGCACAGCAACCAAGCCAGUCUUCACCAUUCAGUCAAGCUGCCCAGCAGCCAGCUCAACCUUCACCGUUUAGCCAGCAAGCUCAACACACCCAGAAACCGAAUCCGUUCGGUCAGCCUCAGCAGCCGUCUACACAAGCACCUGCACAGGCGAACCCCUUUGGUGGUGCUGCAUCAUCUACCACCCCGGCCUUCGGACAACCAAGCAAGCCGUCACCUUUCGGCACCCAACAGCCUCAAAACAACGCAACGCAGCCGGCAGCUGCCAACCCCUUCCUCAAGCCUCAAACAUCUGCCGCGCCAGCAGCCUCCACGCCUUCACCCUCUCCCUUCACCCCCCAGACACAGAGCCAGCCUAGCAACCCUCCCGCCCCUGUUCAGGCUACCUCUCAGCCGGCUUCCAUAGCCCAGCCUAGCUCCGCACCGCGCCCCCAUGUUGAAGGUGUUACACCAGAUGGCAAGCCUAUCGACCCCAAGGAUCGUUACAAGGAGGGCAAACCAGAAGAGUAUGAGGGCGAGCAGGGUAGGAUUCUAGAGGAGAUCUACAAACGUGUUGCUCAGCUAGGACUAUUCAACGAUGAUGAAGACAUACCCGUCACGCCACCGAAGUGCGAGUGGAUCGCGCCGCUUACGCUGUUGUGA